AUGUUUAUCUUUGUCUAAUUUCUUCUUGUUUUUUCUCAGGAAAUCACUUGGACUAAUUAUUCCUUUGCUUUCCCGUAAUUUAUUCCUUUAAUUGCUAAUAAAACUGUUUUUUCAAGAACAUUUGAAGAAUUUGGAUAGAUCUUGUAUUCACAAUAUUAAAACUAUGUAGAAAUAUCUCAAUUGAAUAUAAUGGAGACAUAAUAGAACCUAUUUGCAAUUUUGAUUAUUAAUCCAUGCUUUUUUAAAGAUAACCAUAAACUUUAAUAGCAUUAGUAACUGAUCUGCAGUAAAUUGAUAUAGAUAGUUUAAAAACAGAAGAAAUUUAAUAGGGAUUUUCAAAUGAAUUAAUUUCAUAUGCAAUUAUAGAUAGAGAUUUGAUUCUAUUGGAAAAAAAUGGAACAAUCCAUCAUUUAUUUUAUAGUGAUGGUCCUAAAUUUACAAAUUAUACAACCCAUUAAUUAUCAAUUAUAUUAGAUAAAAAUGAAAAUUCAUAAAUUUUAUCAGAUAACUAAUCUUAUUAUUAUGUUGAUAGUGAAUAAUUUAUUAAAUUCAAUAUCAAUAAUGGCAGUUUAGAAUAAAUUAAUAUUCAUAGUUGGAAUAAAGUAAAUGGACAUUUCAAAAUAUUUAUAAAAUAAGAAUAUGUUUAUUUAAUAAAUAGUAUUAAUGGAAUGAGUAUUUAUAAAAUGCAAAAUAAUAUCCUAUUACCUUUUAAUCAAUUUAUGAUUAAUGUAUUUAUAUAAUUUAAUUUAGGAUAUUUAUAAAAACAAAAACAUUACACAUUUUAAUUUAGUUGAUUACUCUAUAGACAAUGAAUUUUUAUAUUUGUUAGACUAUGAAAAUGGAGUCAGUCGAUUUAACCUUACAUCAAUGCAUAUGGAUAAUAAUUUCUUUAUUUAUCAAAAAGGAUGUAAUGUGAUAUCUAUUUAAAAUAAUCAAAUUAUCUUAAUUUAAUAGAAUCAAAUAUUAUCAGAAAUAUAUGAAGGUAGAAUUGUCAAUGAUAGUUGGUUUAUGAUCAGAAAGAAAACUGUUACAAAAUAAAUCAUAAGAAAUGUUUAAUAAUUUGAUAAUUAUGCUUUAUUAAUUAGCAAUCCAACAAACAAUAUAUAUUAAAAGAAUUUAAUUGAAAAUUUUACUGAUCUAUCUCUUAAUAGUGGGUAAUUAGUUAAUGAAGUUAUGUAGUAAUAAUUUUUAUUAAAUGGAGUUUUUGGGAGUGAUUCAAAUGGAUAGUGAUUUAAUAAUUGGUAUCUACAAAUAUGGUGUUGCUAUCUAUAUUGCAUAAGAAAGUUCAGCCUAAAUUUCUUGUUAAGCUAGACUGAGUUAAUAAAAUAGAGUCACAGUAAAUUUAUAUUAUAUUUAAUAGAUUCGUCUUAAUAGUACUAAUUGUCUUAAUAAAAAUUAGGAAGACGAUUUUAAUUAUUGUCAAUGUCGACUUGAUUAUGUAUUUGAUGUUCAUGGAGUUUUGAUGUCUCCAUAUUAAGAAGAUCUUUACAUAUAUUUAUGUGUUGUAGCAUUUUCAAUAGUUGUUGCAUUAUUUGUGGCGAUAUUCUUUAUAAUUAGAAGAUAUCAAUUGAAAAAAGAGAAAAUAGAUCAUUUAAGAAAAAGUCGAAGAACUUUAUCAUAUUGA